UUUUUAGUUAUAGAGGACGGGAAAAUGGUAUCAGUUAGUUUAAAAACUUUUGUAACAUUAACAAUAUUAUGUAACUUGUUUUUAUCUGUAUCAUUAGACUGUCCGGGAAAUAAUGGUUUAUGUGAAUGGAUUACAUGGAGCUCUUGGUCAGAUUGCAGCCGUUCAUGCGGAGGUGGAACUCGUAAACGAGACCGGAAUACUUGUUGUAAAGCCGAACUCGCUCCUCACUUGAGAGUAUGCUUGGCUGACUGCGGUAUAAGCUAUGAUCAUUAUAUAAACUCCAUUUAUGCUAGCGAAAGUUGUAACAAUUAUUGUUAUAACGGUGGAACUUACAGAUAUGGAUAUUGUCGAUGCAGAAUCGGAUACAAAGGAACAUGUUGUGGAGAUAUUGUAACAUGCGGACAACCUAGCUCCAUUUCAAAUGGCCAUUUCACAACAGAUAAUAACAGGUACACUUACAAUGCAAGGGUUACAUACGAAUGUUCCCCGGAAUACGGUUUGGAAGGAAAUAAACAAAGAAUGUGCGCUUCCAAUGGAUAUUGGACUGGAAUUUCUCCAACUUGUCUGUAUGCGGUUUCUUGCAACAGCAGCCCUUGUAAGAACGGGGCAACAUGUACCAAUUUCUUAGGGGGCUACAGAUGCACGUGCAGAAAAGGGUGGACCGGAAAUAAUUGUGACGUUGAUAUUCAGCCCCCAGUCGUUAUGGGAUGUCCUGAAGACAGGAUGAUAAUUACAGAAAACAUGAAAACUUUACAGACAUGGGACGAGCCCGUGUUUGAAGAUCCUCACGGUACACCUGUUCAUGUCACGAAGAAUUAUCAAACCAAUUCCCACGAGUUUCCAUGGGGAGAGUUUUACAUACAGUUUGUAGCAGUGAAACCGUCAAAUGGUUAUCGGACUGAAUGUAAAUUCAAAAUUUCAGUUAAACCACAUCCAUGUAAGGAUAUGGAGCCUCCAGCUAACGGGGUUGUUGUCUGUAACAACUGGAGAACAGAUUAUACGAAAGCAUGUAUCUUCGCCUGUAAAGCUGACUACACUCUGCCAAGAGAAGCCAAACCGGACCAUUUCUAUAUCUGCGGUGCAACGGGCAAUUGGUUCCCCUCAACACCUGUCGGAAAAUGUUAUUCGAAAAAAGUGUUUCAAAGCAACAACAUCUUUACAUUUUCAAAUUGUACUGAACAGGAAGACAAAAAUUCCAUUGGAAAAUUCUACAUUGAUCUUCUCAAGGAAUCUGGAUUUAAUUCAUUAUGCGAGAACUAUCCGAAUGAUUGCAAAUCCGAGAACGUUUCUAUCAACUGUUAGCAACUGUUCAGACUUCGCGACCGUGUAUUGUGUCGUAGUACUGAGCAUAUAUAAUUUUAAAACAUGGACAAACCAUAACAAGAUUAAUGAAAUAUUACCAAUCUUACGUGAGCAGGAGCUUUCAAGUACAUGUAUAUGAAAUCAUAAAAAAGGACUAUAUAUGAAACUAUUGUUGAUAACUAAGGGUUAAGCAUUCUUGAUUCGUUAAGCAAAGGUAUAUAUUAGUAUAGAUGACGUGUCAAAAUGAUUUAGAAGUCAUCUUAAAGUGCAAACAUACGCUAUUUGAGAAACAACUAUAACAAAAAAACCCAAACAUUUUUGCACUGUUUCGUCAAACUUACCAGUUUUCAUUUUAGAAGUCACAAAAACAAAUCUUAGGUUUAAAUGCGUUUGAAGGAAAACCAGUCAUUUAAAGUGUUCAUCGGGUACUUGUUGUUUUAGUUUUAUGACCAUGCAUUUUAUUACAUAAUAUUGACAUUUCAUUAUAAAUUCGUUGAAAGAAUGCAUAUACAUAUAUACAUUUAAGUAAAUGCAGUCAAUGCAGAUAAAAGCAAAGCUUCAUUUUUGCGACACAGCUGCCUUCAUUAAUAAAAUAUGAUAAAUUA